UAAGAACUUGUCCAAGGUAAUAUAGCUAGUAAAAAGCACUGAAGUCCUAAUCUAGUCUUCAUCUUACGAUAGGAAUACGUACUUCAUACAGUUACUAUUUAGAUUAAGUGGAUAAAUACAUACUUCAUACAGUUACUAUUUAGAUUAAAUGGAUAAAUGCAUUAUGAGGCACUUAGAACAAUGAGUAGCAUAGAGUAAAUACUAAAUAAGUAUUAGCUUUUAUUAGAUUUUCUUUCUCUGAGAAUAUUAACCAGACAUUUUCAAAGGCUUUCUUCUGCUUUCUAUAUUAUUGUUCUUUUUUUUUUCUUGGUGGUAGUGAUGGUGGUAGUUUUGGUCUUUCUAUGUUAUGUUACAGGCAUUUCGUCAAAUGCCUUGGCUAUCUUCUCGUAUUUUAGAAGGAUGAUAUAUCAAAAUGCUGACAAUCAACUCUGUGAGCGAACAGUACCUGUUGAUGGCAAGGCGUCAUUCUAAUGUAAUCAUGCUAGGAUAAGUCUAUUACCUUAUGAGAUGCCAAAUAUUAAUAUGUGUCUUCAUUUACUUAUGAAUUUUUUUUGUAAAUUAUGAAAAACUGGAACUAAAUGAUAGGUUUAUAUAAUAUGUUCCAACCCAAUCUCUUGCUUCAUUUUCUACCUGUUCACAAUUCAUUGCUAUUAAGGAAAUCUACAGAAAUGCCUUUUUAUGCUGUUGUAAUGACCUAUAUAUGCUUCAUCUCAUGGUUAAUCCAGUUUCAUAACUUCAGAAAGGACUUCUGAGAUGACCUUUCCUUUCCCUUAUCACGUAAGGAAAGCCAAGUAGUAAUAGAAUUUCAUUCAGCUCAACAAUCAGUUAUACCCUGCUUGUUUCAGGCUUACAAUUGUCUCAGAAACACUACAUUUGGGGCUUUCAUAUUCUCCAGGUUAGAAUUCUACAAUACCCACUGUGUGGGGAUAGACUAGGUGUCAGGCAUAUACCUUGUGUCCUACAGUCAAAGAGUAUUGCAUGAAAAGGGAUUAGAAGUCUCACCGUGCAAAAUGCAAAGGUUUGCUUACUCUCCCUAUUUUCAGUUUGACAUCUCACACUUGUGAUCAGCUGUGCCUAGAUCCUCAAGACUAGAGAAAGUCCCAUUAAAUUUCUCCAGAGAAUAAACUUUGUAUUUUCUGGCUGUGAGUUAUGUUUCUGUCUAUGUAGGGUGAUGAGAAGAACAGAGAAUUCAAUUAUCCUCUACACAUACUUCCAACUAAUAACUUUUUUCCAUCCUUAGCUGACUUCAGUCUUCUUAAACAUCUGGUUCCUCCAGAUCUUGUGCUUAAAAGAGAUUAUGUUUCUUGUGAGUAUCUUCAAUGCAGGAACUUUACUUUAGGGGCAUUUUUUGGAACUGCUAAGUUAAUUGCUCUUCCACCUGCUUUCUGUCAUAGAAAAACAUGUGUGUUCACUUGUGUAUUCUUAAUCUUUGUUAGUUCCUACCAUUUUAAUUACUUUUCUGUCAUUUUAGUGCAUAUUUUUUUAAAAAGAGAGGUUAAUUGUGUGUGGUCAAUCCAUCUACUUUUCAACUUUUACCCUUCUGUACCAAUUACUAUUUCAACCAUGUAUCCAGCUUACAUUUUUAAGAAUAUUAAUUGAAUUUAACAUUUUAAAAUGCAGACUUGUUGGAUUCUUCUUCCAUCCAUUCUUAGUGCACUUUGAGACUUUCUAUAGUGAACAUCACUGAUGAGCCCUUAGCAUCUAUUGCAAACAAUCUCCCUCAUUAUGUACCAAUGAUGUACUUUGGCUAGGACUGAAACCUUCCCGAGCUUAAGAGGUGGUCCCAGACAGGAUUAAAACAAAGUAAUGGCCAGAGACGGGUCUUUAGAUUCUAGGACUAAAAUCUCCAACUAUAAUUCUAUACCUCUUGAAACAAUGAUUGCUUCAGUGGCAAACACAUGAUCUUACUUGGUCUGAUCAGAGUGAAAGUUAGGUUUUUGUUCUAUGUUUAGGGAUAGACUGUUACUUUCUCUUCCUCGGCUGAAAGAGAAAACAGAUAGCUACAGUUGUGGCUACAAUAAAUUUUGAGAACCUAAGGCAAACCAGCUUUAGGAGUAAGAGUCUGCUUUAAAUUAAACUAACUUGCUCAUGCUUGUGUACUUAUGAAUUUUUUUUGUAAAUUAUGAAAAACUGGAACUAAAUGAUAGGUUUACAUAGUAUGUUCCAACCCAAUCUCUUGCUUCAUUUUCUACCUGUUCACAAUUCAUUGCUAUUAAGGAAAUCUACAGAAAUGCCUUUUUAUGCUGUUGUAAUGACCUAUAUAUGCUUCAUCUCAUGGUUAAUCCAGUUUCAUAACUUCAGAAAGGACUUCUGAGAUGACCUUUCCUUUCCCUUAUCACGUAAGGAAAGCCAAGUAGUAAUAGAAUUUCAUUCAGCUCAACAAUCAGUUAUACCCUGCUUGUUUCAGGCUUACAAUUGUCUCAGAAACACUACGAAUUCCUGGGGGCCAGGGAUCACAUCUUGUAUCUGUAUUCACCACAAUCGAGCACACUUGGUUGUGAGAAGAGUGGGGAAAGACACUGAAUAAAUGCUUUAAAACAAAAUCAUCAUCAUAAACUAUGAAGAAUAUGAAACGAGUAUUAUGGAAGAUAUAAUAUAUUUUUAAUUACUUAGAAGGAAUUAUUUAAACGCAAUAUUUGCUUCUGGAGGACAUUUAUGUAAAUAAAAUUUAGGUAGUGUUCAUCAAACUGUGAAAAUCUGUGGAGACGCGUGGUGGCGCUGCAGGAUAAUAUCAAGAAAAAAAUUACCCUGGAGGAUGUUGUAGACCCUGUUAUCCAGUACACUCGCAGAACAGGGAAGACAGAAAGAACAAUCCUUUAAGGGAGAACCUAGAAGCCAUUCAACAAGGUUAAAAUCUUAAGGCUUCCGAGGAUUUGGUAGACAGAUCAGAGGCAAGUUUCCCACAACUGCGAAGUGGCGCUGAGGCAAUUCUGCAAGAAGAUUUUGGGGUUUUGGAAAAGAAGCUAUGGAAAACGGAGGGGCAGGCACUCUGCAGAUAAGGCAAGUCCUGCUUUUCUUUGUUUUCCUGAGAAUGUCUCAGGCGGGCUCUGAAACUGGGAACUUUUUGGUGAUGGAGGAAUUGCAGAGCGGGAGCUUUGUAGGAAAUUUGGCAAAGACCCUGGGACUGGAGGUGAGUGAGCUGUCUUCGCGGGGGGCUCGGGUGGUUUCUAAUGAUAACAAAGAGUGUUUGCAGCUGGACACAAACACUGGGGAUUUGCUCCUGAGCGAAAUGCUAGACAGGGAGGAGCUCUGUGGCUCCAAUGAGCCUUGUGUGCUGUAUUUCCAAGUGUUAAUGAAAAACCCCACGCAAUUUUUACAAAUUGAGCUCCACGUCAGGGAUAUAAAUGAUCACUCUCCCGUCUUCUUGGAAAAAGAAAUGCUCUUAGAAAUCCCAGAGAACAGUCCUGUUGGUGCUGUGUUCUUACUAGAAAGUGCAAAGGAUUUAGAUGUAGGAAUCAAUGCUGUAAAAAGCUACACAAUAAGCCCCAACUCUCAUUUCCACGUUAAAAUAAGAGUCAAUCCAGACAAUAGGAAAUACCCUGAGUUAGUUCUGGACAAGGCGCUGGAUUAUGAAGAGCGCCCGGAGCUCAGUUUCAUCCUCACUGCUCUGGAUGGCGGGUCCCCUCCCAGGUCUGGAACUGCCUUGGUCAGGGUGGUGGUUGUAGAUAGUAAUGACAACUCCCCUGAGUUUGAGCAGGCUUUUUAUGAGGUGAAGAUUCUGGAGAAUAGCAUCCUUGGCUCCCUGGUUGUGACCGUCUCAGCCUGGGAUUUAGACUCUGGAACAAACAGUGAACUAUCCUAUGCCUUUUCCCAUGCUUCAGAAGAUAUUCGCAGGACAUUUGAAAUUAAUCAAAAGUCUGGAGACAUUACUUUAACAGCACCUUUGGAUUUUGAAGCAAUUGAGUCAUACUCAAUAAUCAUUCAAGCCACAGAUGGGGGAGGACUUUUUGGAAAAUCUACAGUCAGAAUUCAGGUGAUGGAUGUAAAUGACAAUGCUCCUGAAAUCACUGUGUCAUCAAUUACCAGUCCAAUCCCAGAAAACACUCCAGAGACUGUGGUUAUGGUUUUCAGGAUACGAGACAGAGACUUUGGGGACAAUGGAAAGAUGGUUUGUUCUAUCCCAGAAGACAUCCCAUUCGUGCUAAAAUCUUCGGUAAAUAAUUACUACACUUUGGAAACAGAGAGACCACUGGACAGAGAGAGCAGAGCCUUGUACAACAUCACCAUCACCGUCACCGACUUGGGGACCCCCAGGCUAAAAACCGAGCACAACAUAACCGUCCUGGUCUCCGACAUCAAUGACAACGCCCCCGCCUUCACCCAAACUUCCUACGCCCUGUUCGUCCGUGAGAACAACAGCCCCGCCCUGCACAUCGGCAGCAUCAGCGCCACAGACAGAGACUCAGGCACCAACGCCCAGGUCACCUACUCGCUGCUGCGGUCCCAGGACCCGCACCUGCCCCUCGCCUCCCUGGUCUCCAUCAACGCAGACAACGGCCAUCUAUUCGCCCUCAGGUCUCUGGACUACGAGGCCCUGCAGGAGUUCGAGUUCCGCGUGGGCGCCACAGACCGCGGCUCCCCGGCGCUGAGCAGCGAGGCGCUGGUGCGCGUGCUGGUGCUGGACGCCAACGACAACUCGCCCUUCGUGCUGUACCCGCUGCAGAACGGCUCCGCGCCCUGCACCGAGCUGGUGCCCCGGGCGGCCGAGCCGGGCUACCUGGUGACCAAGGUGGUGGCGGUGGACGGCGACUCGGGCCAGAACGCCUGGUUGUCGUACCAGCUGCUCAAGGCCACGGAGCCCGGGCUGUUCAGCGUGUGGGCGCACAAUGGCGAGGUGCGCACAGCCAGGCUGCUGAGCGAGCGCGACGCGGCCAAGCACAGGCUGGUGGUGCUGGUCAAGGACAAUGGCGAGCCUCCGCGCUCGGCCACCGCCACGCUGCAAGUGCUCCUGGUGGACGGCUUCUCCCAGCCCUACCUGCCUCUCCCGGAGGCGGCCCCGGCCCAGGCCCAGGCCGACUCGCUCACCGUCUACCUGGUGGUGGCGUUGGCCUCGGUGUCGUCGCUCUUCCUCUUUUCGGUGCUCCUGUUCGUGGCGGUGCGGCUGUGCAGGAGGAGCAGGGAGGCCGCAGUCGGUCGCUGCUCGGUGCCCGAGGGCCCCUUUCCAGGACAUCUGGUGGACGUGAGCGGCACCGGGACCCUGUCCCAGAGCUACCAGUAUGAGGUGUGUGUGACUGGAGGCUCCAGGUCAAAUGAGUUCAAAUUUCUGAAACCAAUUAUCCCCAACUUCCUACCCCAGAGCACAGGUAGGGAAGUCGAAGAAAAUCCCCCAUUUCAGAAUAAUUUGGGUUUCUGAUAAAGAAUGAAAAAUAAAUCCUGUGUUUAUGAAUACAUUUAUAAUUAGGAACUUAUCGUGAGGUGCCUGUAAAGUAGUAUUUUUGAUCACUUCAAAUACGUACUCUUCAAUUCAAGAAAUAAAUUUCUUUACAUAGAAAAGGAUCCAGAUUUAGUACCAAGAACCCUUCACAAAGCAGGAAAUGUACAUGUGUAAUGUUUUAUGUCAAGUAAUUAUGCUUAAUAUAAAGUCUAUGAAGUGGUAAGUCUUGUUUGAGAUAUUUUAAAUUGCUUUCCAUUGUUUUCAAUAUUUACUGUGACUUUCGUUUUCUGAGUUGAUUAGAAUGCUGUUUGAGUAUACCUACCCUAGUUUCAAAAGCAUAGAUUGUAGUGUACCUUUUUAAACUUUAUUUAAAAAAAAACACUUGUUUUAUGAAUCAUACACUAUUUUCACACUUUUAAUCUCAUAAGAAACAUAUGUGACAUGGUAUUUUAGGAAUGACCAAAUAGACGGUCUUAGAGAUUCAGUAAGUUCACUAAGGUCCACUAACUAAUAAGUGACAAAACUGAGCAUCCAUCCUAGAUCUGUCAGACUCUGACUCAGUGACUUUGCUCCCAUUCUAUACUGUUUUCGUCAUUGGAUAUCACCUGGCAAGUUUCUGCCUAACUAAAGAGAAGAAAAGUUUUUAUCGUAUUCAUACUACUGUUCAAUCUUUAUUUAGAAAUAAUCUUUAUGAUUUCAUUUUCUUGUAAACCAGUAAUCUUGCUUUUCUGGGUAAAUUUUCAGCUAUUAUUACUAAUGCUCUGAUCUGUCCAAAUCUUAAGUAAAAAACAAAAUUGAAAGAGCAA